CGCCGCCCGCGCGGCCGCUCCCCCUCCCGGCUGCUCCGGAUCAGGGUUAACAACAAAAAUGGCGGCGAGGCCGGCCCAGAUAAGGAGCAGCCGCCCCCCCGCCGCCCGCCCCGCUGCCCCGAAACGAAAAGACGAUUUACCCAUCACUGAGUCUCUGCUGUUUCCUCGCAUACAUUACCAUCAAUGCCCGGCCUGUGAGCGUGUGUCGGGGACGGGGAGCGGCCGCGGACCGGGCGGCGGGCGGGCGCGCAGGCGGCGGGCGGCGCAGGGCCCGGCGCGCCCUCGGCGACGCUCAGCACCUCCCCGUCACUGGCGCCGGCGCUCCCGGGCCAUCCCCUCCGUCCGCACCACGCUCACGCUCAGCUCGGAUCGGCUCAGGCCGGGCAGCGGCGAACCGGGGGAGGGGGCACCAAGAUGCGUCCGGCUCGGCCCCCCGCGCAGCGACUGCCUCCUCCGCCUUUGCCUCCUCCCGCUCCGCCGCCGCUACCCCUCCUCCCCCCGCCGCCGCCGGGUCCUCCUCCGCCGCCGCCGCCUCCUCCUCCUGCCGCCGCCGCCGCUGGUGCCGCCGCUGCCGCUCCACCAACUACAUCCGGGCAACUCGGCCGCUGCGGCCUUCGGAAACCCUCGGCACUUUCCGCCGCGCUCCUCCUCUCCCACCCUCGCGCGCUCCGGAACGCCGCCUUCGGCAAACCUCGGCUCGCCGCGGCCCUCCUCUUCCUCCGCGGCCUGGCUCGCCUCCUCGCGACCCGUCCGCUCUUUCCGGUCGCCGCUGCGGGCUCGCACACGCGCGUCCGGCCGCCGCCCUUCCACUUUAGGGGUAGUCCGGCUCGGGGAGCCGCCCGAGGCUGGUCCCGGGGGCCCCGGGGCGCGCGGGGCGGGCGGCGCCUUCGGGAGGAGGCCGGUGGGGCGCGCGAGGAGCCAUCGCGGACUUAAUAAGGGCGGCUGCGCUGCUGCGCGUGCGCCCGGCGGCGCGGGGCGGGGAGGCGUCCCGCAGGAGCGCGCGGGCCGCCGCCCCCGCCCCUGCGGGCUCCGACCGGGAAGCCCCUGGUUGGGCGGCGGGCGGACGCUGGCCCAGGCGCCCGCUCCGCGCGCGGGGACGCGAGCUGCCCCGGAGGCCCGCGCGGCGGCCUGGGGUGGGCAGGGCGCGCCCCUGGGCCGUCGGCGUCUUAGAAGAAAUAAGCAGAAGCCGUGCAAGGAACUUACCGAAAUCCUUAAACAGAGGGGGCUCUUCUCCCUCUCUCCUUCCUCUGGCACAACAUGAGCGUGGUGGCCGGAGCUUGAAUAGCCCUCUUGAACUACGAAGUGGAAGCCACGUGCUAAGGACGACAGAGCAAAAAGCAGCAGCCUGGUUUUCUGGCACCGUGGACAGGCAUGUCAGCCCAGGAGAGACUACCGCCGGAUUCUUACACGUGAGAGAACGUACUCUGCUAUUUUGGUAAGCCACUGUAAUUUUGGGUUCCUUGUUGCUCAUAGCUACGUCUAACUCAGCUCUCGAAUAUGGAAAGAAAUGAUCUUCUUUUGAGAAUAUAGCAUCAUGUGCUCUAGGUUGUUUAAUUGAGGCUGAUGGCGGCGUCUCCAUUUGAUGAAGGAAUUCAAAUCUGAAUGAUGUCCCCGUAGUAAAAAAAAUUGAUAACAAUACAAGCUCACUUUGAUUUCUCUCUCUGAGGGUGUCAGUACCUUCACUGUGAUGUUCACUUCCUUUGAAAGAAUAACAUGUUCUGACAAGUGGAAGCUGGUUAUCUAAAGCAAAUACCUUGCUACUUUAAAUCUGCUCAAGAACAAACUGUAUUCGUUUUCAAUUCCUGUGUCUAAAGCAGCUGUGGAAAAUGUAUGUUCCAAUGAAUUCAAAAGAUCAAUGUUGAAUUAACAGUAAGUGCGUUCUGCACUGAGGACAGUUGCUUCUAGAGUGCUGCUAACUUGUCUCUCGGCCUAGAUGGUGGCUGCUUACAUAUUUGCUUUAUACUUGUCCACUAAACUGUACCUAUACUGUUCCGUGUUAUAUAUUUCAUACUAAUAAAGGAUUAAAGACGUGAAUUUUGUGAUUUCUUUUAAAAAUGCACCUUUCACUCGUUUUGAAGCAAAUGUUUUGUUUUGUUUAAUAUUUGUUUUGGCCACACCGGGUCUUAGCUGUGGCACAUGGGAUCUUUUUAGUUGUUUAGUUGUUAAGAACUGUUGGUUGCAGCCUGCGUGUGGGAUCUAGUUCCCUGACCAGGGAUUGAACCUGGGGCCCCUGCAUUGGAAGCGCAGAGUCUUAGCCACUGGGCCACCAGGGAAGUCCCACAAAUACUUUGUUUUUGACGAAAAAAUGUAAAAUAUAAAAUUCAUAGUAUUGUCAGCAAAUUUCCCAAUAAAAAUGUAUUGCUUUGAUUAACAAUUUUUAUCAAAUAUGUGUGGUAUCUUCAUUGAAACCGUCCAGUAGUUUAACUAAGGAUAAUCCCAGAAAAUUAUCAGACUUUCUCUAUAUAACAUCCACUUUAGCCAAACCCUUUAAUAAACAGGAUCUAGUUGAAAGAUAACCACCUCACGUCUUUAGUAGAACAAACCUAGAAUGAAUGAAUGGCUAGAUUAGAUUUUUUAAAGUUCCAGGAGCAUUCUAAGACAUAUUUCUGUAAAAAUAGAUAGCAUAGUAAAAGAGCAUUGGUCUCCACUAGUGUGUUUGGACAAGGCACUUAAGUUUUUGAGUUUUAGUUCGCUCUAUCUAUAAAAGAGAUAUGAUAAUCCCUGCCCUCCUAGAUGUGUGAAAGACUGUUGAACAAGCGUUUUAUAAGCCUGUUAUUAUUAAUAUGCAGAUUUGAUUUAACAUGGUUACGGUCCAGAUUGAUCCAAGUUCUCUGAGGCUUUAUGUGCCAGCAGAGGGGAUGUAUCAGUUGAGUUAAGCCAUACUAGCUGCCUUCGCAGGCACUGUGACCUCUCAGGGAAUUAGCACAACACAGAUGUACUCCUCCAUCAUCCUAAUCCAGUGCGAGUCAGGAGGGCCUCUUUGGCGGCUCUCCUACAAUUCUGGGACGUGGGGUGCUUACAUUUCACAACUCUGCCGUCUUAAAGUCCUUUACUUCCGGCUCUACUGAUGGGAAAGAGAAGACGGAGAGCUCACACCUGCCCAUAAUGGUUCUCGACUGAAAGAGUCAUGUGUCCUCCCGCCAGAGUCCUCGGCCAGCACUGUUUCUGUAGCCCCAUCCCAGCUGCAGGGGAACACAGGUACUUACAACACUCUCUCACAACAAGCAACUUACAAGGAAGCUACUUGAUUUAAAGCCAGGAUUCUUAAUAUCAAGUCCAUGGAAUGGCUUUAAGGGGUCUGAGAGUCCCAUGAGAUUUUACACACAAAUCUGGACUUGUGUUGUGAUGUUUAUUUUCCUAGGAAGAGGAUCCAUCUCUUUCUUUGGUCUCAAAGGGGUGCUCAAAAAAAAGUAAAGAAUUACUGAUUUAAGGCAGUAGGUAAGGGGAGAAAACUGUGGAAUUGGCUGCUAUCCUUUCUUUUAAAUUUAAUACUGCCUACAGUUUACUGCCUACUUAGGGUAGAAGACACAUGGACAGUAGAGGUUCCACGCACAGUGGAUGGCUAGUUGUUACACCAGGCAUUUUUCAUAUGCUACCUUUAAUCUUCACAUUCACCUCGAAGGCAGAUAUUCUCAUCCCCUUUGUGCAAAUAGGGAAACUGAAGCUGAGCGGGGCCCUGUGAGGUUCCCAGGCACCGAGACCCUAUGCCCCCCGUUUCUUGUAGGCAAGACUCCAGCCUCCAUGACCUCCCCUGAGUUCCAAAGGGCAGAUUAUGGAACAGUUGCUAAUCAGGGGGGAGCAGCCAGGAAACCACCUGAGGCAAGACUGAAGGGGCCAGAGAAGCUCGUCCACCUGAGAUGAGGUCAAGGGAGCGCACGCCCUGCACACGUCCCACCCUGAGUCAUGGUUACAAAGACCCUCAUCAAAUCCUGGCAAAGUAAUAAAGCUGUCCCUUUCUGCUUCACGCCAAACCCUGUCUCCGAGAUUUGAUUCUGCACCCGUGUGCAGAGAGGCUGAGCUUUCAGUAGCAAAACUAAGAAGCAUAAGGAUCACAUAAUAUGCCUCAGAUCACACAGCUAGUAAAUGCAAGGCAUGUGUGUGAACCCAGGACUGUUUAGCUUCAAAGUCCUCAUAUCACACUGGGCCAUUUAGGUGUUUAUUAUCCAUUGUGAAUGAGACAUAAAAGACAAUAUGGCCUGAACGUAUUCAUAACUUUAUUUUCCUGCAAACUGAACAAACCAGACAAAAUACCAGUCUUUAGCAGAAAUGUCAUAGAAAUUUCUGUGGUUGAAUGACAAGACUCCAACGUUGAUGAAGAUCUGUUGUGUACACAACUGACUACAGAUAGAGAAAGGCCAAAUAGCAAAGAAGAAAAGUGAAAGAAUUUCUACCUGAUUCAUAUUUAAAUACAUGGAUAGAUAAAUAGAAGUAUGUGCUUAAUGCUUUUCUGAUUUUUAGAUAACUUUUAUUAUUUUUUUAAAUUUAUUUAUUUAUUUAGCUGUGCUGGGUCUUAGUGGCAGCACGCGGAAUCUUUUAGUUGUGGCAUUCAAACUCUUAGCUGCGGCAUGUGGGAUCUAGUUUCCUGACCAGGGAUCAAACCCUGGCCCCCUGCAUUGGGAGCGCAGAGUCUUAGCCACUGGACCACCAAGGAAGUCCCUGAUUUUGAGAUAACUUUGCAAAUAAUUUUCAGUAGUUUCAUUUAGCUGGUGAGAGCUUUUUUUAUUCUUUCUAAAUUUUUUUCUGAAUUUUCUAAAUUUUCACUUUAAAUAUAGAAAGUCAUUUAGAAAUAUUAAACAUGUCCCUGAAGUGUCCAGAGUGACUCAUGAUCCACUCAGCCACUUCAGAGAGCACGGUGGAGUUGGCACCCUGGAGCAUUUUUGGCAAGAGAAUCUGGAUUUUUUUUUUCUUGCAAACAACAAAAACCAGCUCUGGCAAAAUGGAGUUUAUUGGAAGAGCUUAGAGAAUUCCUGGAAAGCUGGGUCCCCCAACUUGGACAAAGAAUAGGAACCAAGUUGAUCUCCAGGGUCAGGAAGCAAGUUGCUCUCGAUGGUCGGGAAGCACGUUGUUACUGCUGCGAAGGUCUUGCAGCAGUAACAUUUUGUCAACUUGUAACUGUUCUCAUACCCAUGCUUCACUGAUUCAAAGUCUCAAAGCGGUCUAAAUAUCCAAUCCUCCAUCACAGGCUCAAUACCCCUCUCCGUGCUAUUUCCCCACCCCUGCAGCCUUUUGUUCCUAUAAGGGAAAGAAGCCACUUCCUCCAAAAAUGACACACGAUAAAGGAUUCUCAAAAAAGAGAUUGGGGUGCCAAAUAGGACAGCCAGACAGUAACUAACUGCUCCCACUACAGCCAGCCAUCCCCAGCUCACUGACACAAGGCUCUUUGUGUACAAAUUUUAGAAAAGGAAAUUAAAAAGUGAAAUGUCGUAGUCAAAUUUCUUAGUUACCUAUGCAAAAUGAAAACAUAAUAAAUGUAUUCUAUAAAAUAAUAUAUUAAUUUGGAAAUACCACUCAUCUCUUAAUCACUGCUGUUUCUUUCCCAAUACUUAUCAGAGGAACAAAAGCUGAGUACAGAUAGGUCUUUUAAAAGAAUAGUAUAGGAAUUCCCUGGUGGUCCAGUGGUUAGGACUCGGUGCUUCCACUGCUGUGGCCCUGGUCUGGGGAUUAAGACCCUGCAAGCCACGCAGCAUGGCCAAAAAAAAAAAAAAUAGGAUUGAUUAUACCAAAGGGAGUACAAUAAGGAAAAGAACUUGUGAAUAGUUAAUAACAAAAGUAAGAGGUAGAUAGAAAAAAGAAAUAAGGGAUGAAGAGACAGACCCUGCAGAGGAAAAGAGAGGGAGGCUGUAGAGAGAAACAUGGGUGUAAGUCUUUAGCAACCUCUUCCUGCAGCCUCGCUCCUUCCGCUAACGUGUAUUCCUCAUCACCCUUCCCUUCCUGUCACCAUUACUUGCAUCAGUCCCGGUGAGUUCCCUGCACCUAGAGACAAACAUACGCCCUACAGAGAUUUAGAGCUCAUUCAGAUUCCUACCAAGAGCAGCUUCCUUGCACUAUCGGAACAGGAGCUCAGAAAGCCGCAGUGCUGGCCACAGCAGCCCUGGGGUCUCCGGCAGAAGCCUGGCAGACAGAGAUGACAACAGCCAUCAGAACCCGUUCCUCCUUUUUCUUCUUUAGAGCCCUUGCGAACAAAGCUCUUCCAAAAGAAGGGAGAACCCUUCACUAGCGGAGCCCAGUGAUGCAAACCAGGGCUAACCCACCCCUCUGGCCUUCACCCAAAAGGAAAUUCACCCAAGCGCUAGCCUUCACAUUCUCCGUCAAAGUCAGCUAAAAAAGAAUCUUAGGUUUACCUCUUUGGUUUUCAAGUUUUUCUUCCACGAGCUUAAGUAAAAGGGACUGUUACAGAACCCAACUUGGGCCCACUCACCCACAGGCGGUAAAGACAAUCUACUGACGCCGGGUCGUGGUGAAGGAAAGCGCAGCACUUUUCGCAAGGCGCCCAGUGUUGGGCCAAGCAAGGAGCCCGGGAAGCUCAUGCUCAAAGGGCCCAAACUCCCCAAUGGCUUUCAGGGAAAGGUUUUUAAGGACAGAGUGAAGGAGAGGGCUUUGGGGUGUGUGGCCAUCUCACGGACACUCUUCUGAUUGGUUGGUGGUGAGGUAAUUGGGAGUCAACAUCAUCAGCCUUCUGGUUCCAACCGGUCUGGGGUCUCCGUGUGGGUGGGCAGCAUGCAGGUAACACACAGUGGCUCAAGGACAUGGCUCAGAAUAGUAUCUACAGCCCUUGAGGAGGAACUAAAUGUCCUUGACUUUGUUUAAUGGCUAAACUAUUAUUAUCUUGUCUUGCUUGACUGUUUUCCUUGUUUCUGCAUUUUCUCACUUCUCUGAUUAAAUGUCUUCUUUGGAACUCAGGGAAGGCCUAGGAGGCUAACGCUUUUCAUAAACAAGAGGCAGGCGGAGGACAUGGGGUGGGGUGGGGUUCCGGGACUGCUCUUGACCAGAAACUUACAGCGACAUGAUCACUGGUUACAGAAGUCCUGGAAAGUCCUCACAGCCCCUAAAUUAUAAUCUACUUUGAAAAUGAAUAGCUGUAUUAGACAAAUACAAAAAGUCUAAGAGUGGGAUACUCCUAGAUGUUUGUCUAAAGUAGGAAGAGGUAGAGAGAAAAUAAUAGAUUGUGAUAAAAUCUUUCCACUCUGUUUUCUCAAAAGAGGAUUUUUCUUGUUCCUUUCUUUGGGAGUUACCCUAUUAACUCCCUUUCCAUAUUAACAGUGUGUCUCAACUGCAGCCAAGUUUUGCUAUAUUUUGUAAAUCAACUUUUUUUUUCCUAUCAAAAAUAGCAAGCACAGAAACUUUUAAAGAGGAAUGACUGUAUCAGGACUAAGGCUUGAGGAAGAAGAAAAACAGGUCAACUUAGGCUUCACUUUACUGUAUAUGCUUUUUAUAAUAUGUAUGUUUCUUAAAUUUAGCAUAUAUUUUUGUUACAGAACAGCAAAAAUGUAGAGGAGGUUCUAUAUUUGGAAAACUGUUUGAUAAACAUUUUGGCAUUUAUUAGGAAGAGUCAAAAUCUUAAAAAGGAGAGCUGUAGACUGCAAAUUCUAUUGGAAAAUGAAUAUAGAUUUGGCAACAUAUCCUGAUAAUUGGGUGGUAGGCACAUGACAAUAUUGAAUGCAGAAGACAACGGUUUCUAAGAAAACCAGAAUAUUAGCCUUGUGUCACUGAGAUGGGCUGGUGAACAUAGAGAAGAAUCAUUUAGGAGAGGUAAACCUGGCUCUGUAUUCCCAGAAAAAUGGAACUGGAGUUAAGAACAUUUUGUACGAUUCAGUGUUAAGCUGGGUAGGGGUGAAUUUGGCUAUCAAGAGAGCAUUUUUUUACUUGGGCUGGAGGCCAGGCCUCAGCCUCAGAUGAAAAGGAGUGUGCUUCCCUAAUACCCAGGGGAACUGAGAAGAAAGAAACUGAGCAGCUGCUUUAAAUCCUCUUAGCAGCAGUCAGGGUAUGUAUCUCAACUAACUAACUAAAUGGCUCUGGUCUUGGCCUGGUCAUGGAAAGACGUGGACUAGAAUGAAAACUGGAAACAGUUUAAGUGGCAACUCUGCAUGGGAACAUGAGUUAAAUGGCUUUCAGCAACACCUAUGCUUAUUCACCUCUUUUGUACGUAAUUUGUGACUAACGAUGUGCCCAGACUAGAGUAAACUAGUUUAUACACCCUAAAUGGCUGAUGGCGAAGUGGGUCUGGAGCGAGAGCACAUGCAACACGACCCCAAGGACAUCCCAGACCAUCUCGUGGACUCUCACUUCUUUCUGGCAUAACUGUAUGUCUCUUUGCAACGUGACUUUGCUGUACCUCCCGUCAGGAGACAGUCCUUAAAUCUGGCCUUGACCAUGGGACUCCUGUGUGCAAGGCCUUGCCCUCUCUUGCUGUUGGGGACUCUGCCUGUUACCGAGUCUAUGCUUAUACUGUUCGACGCACGACAGGCCAAUCAGUCGAGAGACAAGUUGUUGGGGCAAGGUAUAGAGAUUUUAUUCCGGAAGCCAGCCGACUGAAAAGAUGGUGGACUCAUGUCCCAAAGACCCAUCUUGCCCAGGUUUGGUUGCUAGUUUCUUUUAUGGAACAAAGAGGGGAAGGUGAGGAGGUAAAGUAAAAAGAGGCAGUAGGUUGUUGCAAACAUUUCCUGGUUCCAGCCAGCCUCCAGAGGGGAGGUGUUAAUUUCUUCUUUCCUGCAGCCAUUCAUAGGUGGACCUUGUCAGGAUGUUUCCUGGGAGCUGAACAAAGGUAUUUUUAACUUAACACUCAGGCAGGGGAGGCAGGGUUUCUGGAAAUGGGCAACAGCCUUUUAAUGAUUAACUUGUAAAAAAAAGCAAUAGAAUACAAAGGUUAAAGGACAAGAAACAGAUCCAAUAUGGAGUCAGAUUUGUUCUUCCCUAUUACCUGCCUGCUCCUCUUCAGAAAAAGUCCAGGCUAGUCUCAUAGAGGACAAAAGAGUGUGUGGAGAGAGGACCCGGCCUUGCCAGCCAACUCAGCCUCUCCAGGUGAGACCUAUACACAGACAGGGAACUGCCCCUGCAUGGAGCAAAAACAAACCCCAAUUGCUGACCCACAGAACUGUGAGCAAAUAGUGGGACUCUGCUUUAAGUUACUACAUUUGGGGGAUGACUGGCUAUACAGUAAAAGUUAACACCAUUACUAAUAAGUCAAUACCAAUUAUUAUUAUUUUUCAAACAGAAGAUGUUGUUACAAGGCUUCAGCAAACAUACAUGAUAUGGGGAUAAUUUUUUAAGACUAAAAUAAAUCUAAUAUAUCUUUAUUUGUAUACUAAUUUAUUAUAUAUUUUAAAGAAUAAUAGAAUUUAAAGCAGAAGUUAAAGAAGUACAACACAGCUACAAUAAAGUAAUUCACUGGAAUUCAAAUAUCUGCAAUCAUUUAAUCCAGGGGCUAGCAAACUACAGCCUUCAGGCCAAAUCUGGACCCUGAACUCUUUUGUAAAUAAAGUUUUAUUGGCACACAGCUAUGCUCAUUCAAUUACGUAUUGUCCAUAGCUUCUUCAAUACUAUGACUGCAGAAUUGAGUGAUUGAGACAAAGACCAUGUGGCUUACAAAGUCUAAAAUAUGUACUGUCUGGUGCUUUACAGAAAAAGCUUGCUGACUCCUAGUGCUUGUAAUUCAAUAAAUGUUAGCUGUCAUCAUCAUUGUUAUCAUACAUUGUCGUCAUCCCUAUUCUUGUCACCAAUGGGAUGCAAGUGGAAAGUAAUUUUCCCUUGAUAAAAGAGCAGACACCUAAACCUAUAAAAUUACUAUUCCUAACCUUUACAUGAACACUGUCAUUGGCAGGUGAAGAGAAACAUACACUCUUCUCCUUAUCUGAGUAAGUAUCAAUACUAACAGAGACACUUGCCUUGUAUUAGAAUGCAUUUAUUUGCCAUCCAAGUCCACACGUAUAUUUUUUACAUAAUUGCAAAGAUAUGAUACAUUUAAAAAUCUUUUUAGAUAACCAUUAACCAAAAUCAGCUUAAAAUAAAAUAUGGACAAGAAACAAAAAUUAGGCUUGAUUUAUUAUGUGAAAUUAAUUGUUAGUGGUGUUUAGGAAUCAUAUUAGCUGUUACUAAAAAGCUUAAAUCUGUAUUUCUACAGAGGAGUACAGUAUUCUGGGGUCCUCAGAAAAAAAGGAUAAUCCAAGAAAGGAAGGUGUCUGUUUUUGCCUCCUUUCAUUUUAAUUUCUUCUUGACUUUCUUGGAUAUGAUGAUUUGAGUCUUUCUUGAAUUCUGAGAAAUUCUUAACCAUUAUAUCCUUAAGGAUUUCCUUGCCCCGUUCUCUUUCUUACUUCCUUCUGGGACUGGGAUUAUAGGUGCAAUACUCCAUGUCUAUGUCUUUUAACUCCCUUUCACAGUUUCCAUUCCCAUUCUCUCUCUUGAACAGUGUCUAUUGAAUAGCCAAUCCACUGUAUCUCUAAUUUUAUUAAAAUUUUAAUUUUUAGAAGCUGUGUAUAAUACGUUUUUAAUGCCAGGUUAUUUUUUAGUCAUUGAUCUGAUUACCUUUUUGAUUUAUUUCUGCAAAUUAAGCUUACUUAGUUUACAUUCCAAAUCCAAAAAGUUAAACACUGUUAGUCUUUCAAGUCUGAUUCUAUUAUUUAUUAUUUCUGCUGACUCUCACUCAUGGUGGCUUAUUUCCUCAUAUGUUUUGUGUCUUUUGAUUGUGCAUUAAUAUUUGUUGUAAAUUUAUCUCCUGUAAUUCUUUGAAAUCUGUGUUUUAAGUUGGGUUCCUUCAGAAUGGACUUAUAUUUGCUUCUUCCAGGUACCUAGGGACACACAGGUAGCAUGAAUUUGUGCCUUAAAACUGUAAGAGGACCUGGUGGUGUUGGAAAUUUUCAGUAAAACUUUACCUAACCACCUGCUUCCAGCCAGAGCCAAGGCUGCUAGGUAAGUUCCAUUAGUAUCUUACGUGAGGGCUUGGGUUACCAGAUUUAGCCAAUAAAAAUAGAGGAUGCUUGGGGGCUUCCCUGGUGGCGCAGUGGUUGAGAGUCUGCCUGCCGAUGCAGGGGACACGGGUUCGUGCCCCAGUCCGCGAGGAUCCCAUAUGCCGCGGAGCGGCUGGGCCCGUGAGCCAUGGCCGCUAAGCCUGCGCGUCCAGAGCCUGUGCUCCGCAACGGGAGAGGCCACAACAGUGAGAGGCCCGCGUACAGCAAAAAAAAAAAAAAAAAAAAAAAAAUAC